AAGAGCCGCGUUGAGCUGGUCUGGAUCGCGGCGAAACAGCCCUCUAAUGUUAUUUAUUUAUUUAUUUUGCAGUGUCUGCUGCUAGCAGACUGUGGAGGAAGGGUACCGCUUCAGGAGACACCCUCCCCCCAUGGCUCCGCUGCUAAGGUUGCAUCCCUGAGCCGGGACUGCCGCUUGAGGAGGUGGAUAGAGACUCGCGAGUGCCGCCUCCCGAAGCAGAGGGUGAGCGAGGCCCUGCUUGACAAUCACAAUGGCACGGUGAGGCUGAAGAAAAGACUAGGAAAUCCACCCUUUGUGCCAGUUUGGGUAAACCAGUGAUCUUGCCGCCAGCCUCCAUUUUUUCCUCACCAUGGCAAAGAGCGCAGAAGUAAAGCUGGCCAUCUUCGGCCGAGCUGGAGUAGGGAAGUCAGCUCUCGUUGUGCGUUUUCUGACCAAACGGUUCAUAUGGGAAUACGAUCCUACUCUUGAGUCCACUUACCGUCACCAAGCCACCAUUGAUGAUGAAGUCGUUUCCAUGGAAAUCCUAGACACGGCUGGGCAGGAGGAUGCCAUUCAGAAGGAAGGUCAUGUACGAUGGGGCGAGGGCUUUGUGCUGGUCUAUGACAUCACUGACAGAGGGAGCUUUGAAGAAGUCCUGCCACUGAAGAACUUGCUGGAUGAAGUUAAAAAACCCAAGAAUGUUACCUUGAUCCUAGUUGGAAACAAAGCAGACCUGGACCACUCAAGGCAGGUCAGCACUGAAGAAGGGGAAAAGCUGGCCACAGAUCUAGCUUGUGCAUUUUAUGAAUGCUCUGCCUGUACAGGGGAAGGCAACAUCAUGGAGGCUUUUUAUGAGCUUUGCCGGGAAGUGCGACGCCGGAAGAUGGUCCAAGGCAAGACCAGGAGACGGAGUUCCACCACUCAUGUCAAGCAAGCAAUUAAUAAGAUGCUCACCAAAAUUAGCAGCUAAAAUAUUUUUGUCCUUUUGUUUCAGUUGUUAAUGUAAACCUCGUUCAAGGAGGGAUCACGAGGCCAGAUUGUAAACAUUUAACAAGAUGGUCAAAGCUUUGCUCCCCCCCCUUUUUUUAAGCCAUCACCUUAUUCUUCCUGAAUUAAGUAAGAGAAGCAAAGCAAGUCUCUGGAACUUUAGGGUGGGCCCCACUUUAGAGUGGGGGAGAAAUUUGAUUCAGGUUGCAUUUCAAGGAGAAUCCAAUUCAUACUUUCCAAAACAUGAGAACCAAAUCACAGCGAUUCUUCAAAAUUCGCACAUCCAAAUUUUGCAAAGCAGUUCUCCAACCAAAUAAUGUUUACCAAAAUGCAUAUGUUGGGGCAUAAAAAAUCAAUACAUUAAUGAAAAAUAACAAACUGCAUUAUAUUAGGGGAAAUUGCUUGCAAAAAUGUGUACUUUAGUGAAAACUGCAUAAGAAAAUGUGGGUUUUUUAAGGAUAAAUUCACACUAAAAUGCUGAUGAAUUUUCAUGAGGAUUUUUGUUUGUGUGUGUGUGUGUGUGUGUGUGUGUGUGUGUGUGUGUGUGUGUGUGUGUGUGUGUGUGUGAAA